AUGGACACAGCAGUUCCUUACCAUCCUGGCAUGUUGCUAGGUCGUUCUGUAGAUAUGAAGACUAUGCAGCCAGGGUACAUGUUGAUAGGAGAAGACAUUACUCCUACAGAACUGAAGGUCAGUCUGACAACAUCUCAGUAUUCCUUUGCCACAACACUGAAGGAUGUCUGUGAUAUUCUCAUCAUCCCUCCGGAAUAUGCCUUGAAAGUGAAAGCAGGGAUCAGAGACGUAAAAAAUGGACUCGUAGAAGCAUGCCUGAAGGAUCUGGGAAAAGCAGAUUUGUUCACAAUUAUUUUCAGGGUCUCAUUUUUAGAGCAAAAACAGUACCUUUCACCAGAUGUUGUACCUAUGGGGUCUGAUUUUCUUGAUGAACAAGGCAAAAGUGGGGAAAGCUAUCACACUACAGAAAGCCUCAUUGCAGAAGCAGCUGCUGAUUCUGAGUCAAGUGCACACGAGGGAGAUAUGCAUUUGCCAGGCAGUCUGACUGGAAAGAGCCGAGGACAUCAUGGCACACACUGGGUCAAAGCCGUCGAGGUUGGAAAUGAGCUGGUCACAGUCAUGACAAUCUCUUGUAAAGAUUCAGAAAAAUUGAAUAAGCUGAGAUACAAGCUGUGUGAAUGUUUGCAAGCCUACCGUGGACAGCUGGACAGGCCGAAGAUGGAAGCUCUCAGUAAACUUGCAAUUAAAAUUGACAAGAAACUGUCCAAAAGGCAUAAUGCGGAUGUUUGCCUAGAUAUUCAGUACGCUUCUUUCUCCGAGCUUGACAAGUACCCGGCCAGUAUGUCAGGGAUGGUGAAAACCCUGGACAGUUUCAUGGACCAGUGUGUUGGCUGGACUGAGAGAAGCAAACAUGGCCAGGAAUGUGAGGUUGAAGCCUGUGUCAUGAGGUGCCAACCUGGCAUUGAUAAGGAAGAAAAGACAACAGUGAAAGAUUCUCUGAAACAGAUGUUUUCAAAUUUCUACACCACUCCCGGUGGCGGACAAACAGUUGCCUAUCACCCCUCAAGGGAAACAACCGAGGAAGCUCCAAGUUCAAAUAUUGAUGGCGACAGUGAAAGCUUUGUUGUUCUUGAUCCCUCAGGCACACGGUUUUUCUAUAAUCUGCGAGUUACACUUCAGUCUUUCAAAGAAGAUAGUGAUGUAGCUGACAGUUUUAGCAGUCUUGCUCUGAGCCAGUACCCAGAAACUACCUACACCAUGUUUGAGAAUUUAUUCAGGUUGCUGGUAAACUGCAGUGAGGCAGUACGCCUUAUACAGGAGUUUUUGUCAAGCAAGAGAUACCUCUUGGAGACUCAUUUUGACGAGGGCAACAAAGUCCUCAAGUCAAUUCAGAAUGUCCACCUUCUUGUACUAGAGACAGUUGCAGAUCUGGACUUUGUGUGUAUUCCAAAAGAGAACACCCUAGAGAUUGUCAUCACUACAAACCCACUGACUACCGUCACUGAUUUCAUUGAGAAUGUCACAUCCAAGUUACCACCUGGCAGUGAUAUUGACCUACUUAUGAUUGGUAAAACAGGACAUGGGAAAAGCUCUACUGGGAACUCAAUCUUGGGACAGAACAAAUUUGUUUCAUCUGCACAUGAAGAAUCUGUAACCAGUCACAGUGGGGUGGGCUGGGCUGAAAUUGAUGGUCGCAUCAUCAAAGUUGUAGACACUCCUGGCGUGUGUGACACUAAUAAUGAUGGCGAUGCGUCUUCUAUUGAUCUUGCCAUAAAGUCUAUCAGUGAAGCAAUAGCCAAUUGUCCUGAGGGAUUUCACGCUUUGCUCCUUAUAAUUCGCUUUGGCACCCGCAUGACAGCUGAGGAAAAGAAAGCAAUUGGUCUCCUAAAAUGUGUCCUAGGAGAAGAUAUUGUCAGAUCUCAUUGUAUUUGUGUCAUUACUCAUGGCGAUCACUUUGAAACAGAAAUGGCAGGAAGCAAAACCACUUUUGAGGAAUGGUGUAAAACUCGAAGCGGCUUUUUAAAAGAUCUAUUUGAGGAAUGUGGUUAUAGAUGUGUCCUCUUCAACAAUAAAGCCACAGACCCCAAGGUGAAGAAGGCUCAGCUGAUCAAACUUGUGUCAAAGGUGGAUAGUUUAAAAGACAGUGGCACCCGCUAUACUAAUUCCCUCUUUGAGUUUGCACAGAGAGAACGCACAAGAAUUAUCUCUGAAGAAAUGGUGCCCCAGGUGAAUGAAGAAAUGAUGAGGGAUAUUCAGCUCAUUCUUGAGUAUCUGAAUGGAAUGGUUAACAACACUAGUGAAGCUGCAAGGUACAAGGAUGAGUUGUCCAGACUGAAGGAGAGGGUUGAUAAUGUGAACAGCAAAGUCACAGAAACAGAUAACGGGCAGCUGGGCUGUCUUGUGGACACAAUCUUUGCACUUGCUGCAACGAUACAUGCAAAAAUUGAUGAGAUUGCAGAUCGUCACAAACCAGACAGCCCAGAUGAGUUGGCGGGUGCCACACCAACAGAGGCAACAUCAGAGGUGGGGGACUUGCUGUUUCAAAACCAAGAAUUUGCGACAUACAGGGAUGAAAUUCAGAAGUACUAUACCGAGGAGAUGUCGCCCAAGCAGAGCAUGGUUACAGACAGGGUGACUGAACAAGUGAAGUCUGAGGUUGAAAGAGAGAAGCAGUGUUUCCCUGGGAGUUCAGUUGUCAUAUUGUCAAAUGGGAAAUCUGUCACUCUGGAAGAGCUGUGUGUUGGGGAUCAAGUCCUGGUCAGAGAUAAAACUGGUUGUCUGAGUUUUGACACUGUCUACAUGUUUGGACAUCAGGAUUUGGAUGCCUCCAGUGAGUUUCUGGCUCUGAAGACAGCCUCACAGACAGUGUAUGUCACAAGUGGACAUUAUGUCUACUGUGUCAAAGAUGGCACAGAGAUUUGUGUGUCUGCUGAGAAUGUCUAUGUUGGAGAUCAUCUGCUAGUGGUUACAGGAGAUGGUUUGGUGCCUCAGUCAGUGCAGGCUGUCACGUUUGAGAGAAAGCGAGGUCUGUUUGCUCCCUUCACCAACAGUGGAAAUGUUGUCAUUGAUGGAGCACUGAUGUCAUGUUACAUUGAUGUUUUGCCAGCUACAAUGUGCCAUACUUUGUUGUGGCCGGUCCGACAGUUGUAUCGUGUUUCCCCAAGUAUGCUGUCAUAUAUAAAUGGACCCUCCUCACAGCACCCGGUCCCUGCUGGGCUAAAGCUGCAGUAA